AUGGGUAUGAAUAUGAUCCUCAAGGCAGCUGAAAGGGAGACAAGAGGACCCAAGACAAGUAGUGGCAUCAGGCUUCCAUCAAAUCGAGGCUUCAUGGAUGACAUGACCGUGACAACAGAGAGCCACAUUCAGACCAGAUGGAUCCUUAAGGCACUUGACAAGACAAUAACAUGGGCUAGAAUGCAAUUCAAGCCAGCAAAGUCGAGAUGUCUGAUCGUUAAGAAGGGAAAAGUGAUGAACAAGUUUAAAUUGUUUAUACAGGAUGAAGAAAUCCCAGCACUUGCCAAUAAUCCAAUAAAGUGCUUAGGGAAGUGGUUUGAUUCCUCCAUGACAGACAAAGACAGUAAAAACAGACUCCACCAGCAGGUUCAUGAUGGCUUACGUAGAAUUGACAAGUGUGAGCUUCAAGGAAAGUUCAAGGCGUGGAUAUACCAGCACAGUUUCCUGCCAAGACUUGUCUGGCCAUUGAUGGUGUACGAGUUACCACUUACUACUGUUGAGAAAUUGGAACAAGCCAUCAGCAAACAUCUGAGGAGAUGGUUGGGACUACCCCCUUCCUUCACAAGUAUUGGUUUAUACGGACACUCGAACAAACUCCAGUUACCAAUUAACUCCCUUGUAGAAGAGUUUAAGGUCGCAAAAGCUCGUCUAUUGCUCACACUGCGAGACUCCAAAGAUAACAAGAUCAGUGGUGCAGGCAUAGACAUCCGAACUGGUAGAAAGAGGUCAGUAAGCCAUGAAGUUGAAAGGGCUGAAAGUAGUCUCAAACACCAAGACAUUGUUGGCUCUACGAACAGAGGAAGAGAAGGUCUAGGUACAAGAAGCCAUCAAAGUUGGGCGGACGCUAACCUUCAAGAGAGAAGAUCUAUGGUACAGUCAGAGAUUAGACAGUCUGAGGAGCAAGAAAGGUCAGCAAAGGCAGUUCAGUUUGGUAGUCAAGGCAACUGGACAAAAUGGACAGUACCAGAGAGGAAACUCACUUGGAACGAGUUGUGGACUUACGAACCACUCCAGCUAAGCUUUCUCCUACGUUCAGUAUAUGACAUGCUCCCAACGCCAACAAAUUUGUACCAGUGGAAGCUGACAGAAGACCAAACUUGUCCACUUUGUGAGAAGAAAGGGUCGUUGCGCCAUAUUCUAUCAGGCUGCCCUACCGCUUUGUCUCAGGGGCGGUACAGAUGGCGGCAUGACAAGGUCCUCGGCGAAUUGGCACAUGUCCUUGAAAAGGAAAGAAGGAAAGUUAAACCUCUGAUUCCAAAAAGCCAUUUAAUCAACUUUGUUAGAGAAGGAGAGAAGAAACCUGUGUCCACAGUAGAGAGAGGUAUCUUGCAGAACUCUAAAAGCUGGGACCUGCGGGCAGAUCUAGGAAAGAAGUUACAAUUUCCUGAAGAAAUCGCCCACACAACUCUCAGACCUGACAUCGUUAUUUGGUCCAGAAAUCCAAAGACAGUAAUUAUGGUGGAGUUAACAGUGCCUUGGGAAGAGAGAGUUGAAGAGUCGAAUGAGUUAAAGAGGGAAAAGUACGAAGAGCUAGCCAACACAUGCAGAGGGAACGGUUGGAAAACAUGGGUCUUCCCUGUAGAAGUAGGAUGCCGCGGCUUCCCAUCCAGUUCAGUGUGGAGAAUGCUUGGGGCAUUGGGCAUCAAAGGAGCAACAAGGAAGACAUCAGUCCAUGUCCUCAGCAAAGCUGCUGAGAGAGCCUCAUGUUGGCUUUGGCUACAGCGUAGCAAUACAUGCUGGAAGCCAACACAGAUGGGGUAG